CAGCAAGAGUUUAAAAAAAAAAAAAAAAAAAAACAAAUGUUUGUAAAACGUAUAAAACUUGAUAUAUAGAUGAGUAUAAAAAUCUUAUUCGGACUCAAAUAACUUUAUUUGGAUCAAGUUCAUUAACAGUUAAAAACUUGUAAUAAAAAACAAUAUUUUACACAGGUUACGUAUAUAAACUUGUACCCGGUACCAGUAAGCAACUCAAGUCCAAAAUGCCGAGAAUAAUGAUUAAAGGAGGGGUUUGGCGAAACACUGAGGAUGAAAUCCUCAAAGCCGCUGUCAUGAAGUAUGGGAAAAAUCAAUGGAGUCGGAUUGCAUCACUACUGCAUCGUAAAUCUGCGAAGCAAUGUAAAGCUCGAUGGUUCGAAUGGCUUGAUCCUAGUAUUAAAAAAACCGAGUGGAGCCGCGAAGAAGAUGAAAAACUUUUACAUCUAGCAAAACUUAUGCCCACUCAGUGGCGAACUAUCGCUCCUAUAAUUGGCCGUACAGCAGCUCAGUGUCUAGAAAGAUAUGAAUAUCUAUUAGAUCAAGCCCAAAAGAAGGAAGAAGGUGAGGACGGAAUAGAUGAUCCAAGAAAACUUAAGCCUGGUGAAAUAGACCCUAAUCCUGAAACAAAGCCAGCACGGCCUGAUCCAAAAGAUAUGGAUGAAGAUGAGUUGGAAAUGUUAUCAGAAGCUCGUGCUCGGCUGGCCAACACUCAAGGAAAAAAGGCUAAACGUAAAGCACGAGAAAAACAGCUAGAAGAAGCAAGGCGAUUAGCUGCGCUUCAGAAAAGACGAGAGUUACGGGCUGCUGGGAUUACAGUAUCGCAGAAAAAUAAACGAAAACGUGGUGUCAAUUACAACUCUGAAAUACCCUUUGAAAAACGUCCUGCUUUAGGAUUUUAUGAUACCGCAAACGAACACGUUGAUCCUCUUGCGGCUGAUUUUAGUCACAUGAGACAGCAGCACUUGGAUGGUGAAUUGCGAACAGAGAAAGAGGAAAUAGAACGCCGCAAAGAUAAGCAAAAGCUUAAGCAACGUAAAGAAAAUGAUAUACCCAUGGGAAUGCUGAAUAAUGAAGAACCACUACGGAAAAGGAGCAAAUUAGUGCUACCUGAGCCUCAAAUAUCUGAUCAGGAACUUCAACAGGUAGUAAAACUCGGACGUGCUUCUGAAAUAGGCCGGGAAAUCGCUAGUGAGAGUGGAAUAGCAGCAUCAGAAAGUUUGUUAGCAAAUUAUUCUUUAACUCCAAAUGUUCCUGUAACACCACGGACCCCAGCAAUUACAGAUCGUGUUCUUCAAGAAGCCCAAAAUGUUAUGGCUUUAACUCAUGUUGAUACACCUCUUAAAGGUGGACUGAAUACUCCUUUAAAUAAUGUUGAUUUUAAUAGUGUUGUACCUACCCCUAUGGCAAUUGCCACUCCAAAUACUAUUUUAGCAACACCAUUUAGAUCACAGCGUAGCGAUGGUACACCUCUUAACAACACAUUUAGUACACCAGGAUCAGUAAGAACACAGAGUAACACCCCAAAUGAUUCAUCAGCUGCACCAAUUCGCGAUAAAUUAAAUAUUAUUCAAAAUGAUGAUCUUGAUAAUUCUGAAGCUUUAGUAUUGCGUAAACAAAAUAAACGACAAAUGCAAGCUGACUUUAGUACUGUACCUGUACCUAAAAAUGACUAUCAAAUAGUCAUUCCUGAAGACGAAACGAACAAUGAAGAGAUAGACCAUUCAGAUCGUAGUUUCAUUGAAGAUCAGGCAGAUGUUGAUUCUCGGAAGCAACAAGAACUAUUGGAGCUACGAAAACGAGAGCUCGAAAAAAGAUCUCAGGUUAUACAAAAAGAUUUACCUCGGCCAGUCGAAAUAAAUAUGAAUAUCUUACGGACAUCUACAGAUGCUUCAUUAACUGAUUUCCAACGAGCUGAAGAAUUAAUAAAGAGAGAAAUGAUCACUAUGAUGCAGUAUGAUGCACUGCAAAAUCCCAUACAGCCUAAUACUAAACGCAGUACAGCUUUAUCACAAGCACAAUUAUAUUUAGAACAACAUCCAUAUCAUGAUUUUAAAAAAGAAGAGUUAGAUAAUGCCCGAAAAUUAUUAGGAGAUGAAAUGGCAGUGGUACGUGAUGGCAUGGCACAUGGAGAUCUUAGUUUAGAUGCUUAUACAACUGUUUGGGAAGAGUGUUUAUCACAAAUUCUCUAUUUGGAAACCCAAAAGCGAUAUACACGCGCAAAUUUGGCAUCAAAAAAAGAUCGAGUUGAGUCAUUUGAGAGGAAACUCGAGGAAAAUCGCAUACACAUGACAGGAGAAGCUAAACGGGCAGCGAAAAUGGAAAAAAAACUUAAAAUUUUGACUGGUGGGUAUCAAACUCGGGCUCAAGUUCUAACGAAACAACUUCAUGAUUUGUUAGAUCAGAUUGAACAGGCACAGCUUGAGCUUUCAACAUUUAAAUUUUUGAAAACUCAAGAAGAAGCUGCCAUUCCACGUCGUAUCGAUUCCCUGGUGAAUGAUGUUGAUAAACAGAUUGUACGAGAAAAAGCUUUGCAAACUAAUUUCGCUAACCUCCAAGAUCAACUGAAACAACUAGAUAUUUAGAAAAAAAAGUCAAAAAAAUUUAUAUUAUUUCAAUUAUUUAUAUUCUUCUUUAGACUACUUAUUUUGUAAUUCCAAUCGAAUUUCUAUAAAUAUUCUAAAAAGUCAAA